AUGGUAUCACUGGCAUUUAUGGGUCAUUCUGAUCAAAAAUUAUUUAAUGCUUGUUCAUUAGGUGGUACAAGUUAUAUUUUAGUUGGUACAUCACUUUAUUUAAGUUUAUGUGCUGCAGCCGAUACAUUUUUGCCACAAACUUUUGGUAAGUGUUUACUGAACGGCAGAAGGACAACAGUUUUAAUUCGCCGACAACUUUUAUUCUGUUCAUCUAGCUAGCAAUAAUAAACGUGAAAUGGUAAAUAUAAAUCUGUUUUGUAGGAUAAAAGCUAAACUAACAAUUACGCUAUAUUGACUGAGCAUGAUGACAGAGUGAAAGAGGAAGCUACCUCCGUACACACAAUAUUACUCAGGUUCAUAGCAACGGAUAGUUAAGAGCCAUUUAACGGAUCAUUAAUGAACGUCCGUAAAACGAUCGCUUAAAGAGCUUUAAGAAGCGAAGUUGAUUUUGGCAGUUCGUCUGCAAAGAUCGAAGUUCGCAAGUUCGAUCCUAUAGGCACGAUCCUAUUGCUGAUUGAUUUUGUGUUUUGAUAGUUUACGUUUCAGAAUGAUAUAAUGGGAAUUUAUAUUCCCGAUUUCGUUCUGGUUUACGAUUAAAGCUUUAACCAAGAGCUUUAAACGGUCUAAAAACGGCCAAAUUAUGGCAUCGUUCACUGUCCCUUUCUGUAAUGUUACGGCCAGACUGAUCAUCGCCAUAUUUAUACUAAAACACUUUUAUCUGAACUAAUAGGCAUUCAAAUCAUACGAUUUUCAGAGAGCAGCAGCUCAGUCUUUGAAAGAUAGAUAAGUGUGAGAGAUCAGGCUUCUCACAGAUGAUCUUUCGUUUUCUUUCUUUCUGUCUUUCAUACAGUCACACAUCGUUUGUUUUCUUUUGACCGUACAGUGCGCUAUUUGUUUCUUUUUAAAGACAAUCAGACUAUUUAUCUCCAUCGCCUACAGGCUCUUUUCUCAUAUAUGUAUGUGUUUUCACUUCAUUCGAUCAGUAAAUGUAAAGCACAUUUACGUCUUAAAGUAACACGUAAUUGUUUUAAGGACUAUCAUUCUAAAAAAUAAACAUACGCAUCUUUCAUUAAGUCUAUCAUGAAUCAUUUUUCAACAUAAUUCAUGAUAGGAAGAACUUUCUAGCUUAAUACAGACCAGUAAACGCACAAUUGUAAAAAACCGCAACAAACAUCAAAUGAACAAAAAUUAAAUUUUCAUGUCACUCAACUCGAAUGCCCAAGCAAACAUCACAAAUGGGAAAAAUCUAGAUACACUUCGUCUGUAAUCGGGCGAUACACAACUAGUUGUCAUCUGGAUUACUAGUUGGAAAAGGGACUUUUAACCAGAUGUGUCUGCAUGUGUAUCUAGCAAUAGACAUAUUGAUCGAUUAAUUUAAACUUUUUUAUUUUCCAACAAAUCGAGCUGGCUCAUUACAUGUUGGUUGGUUAUUCCCAAUAACAGAAAAAAAUGCCUGAAACUAUGAAAUUGUAGAAAUUAGAAGUGUUUUUAUCGCUCCUUCGAACGGAGGAUGAUAAAUUAUCGUUCGGUCCACUUUCCAACCAGAAAUUCGCAAAUUUUUCCUUAAUUUCAGAAACACAGCUAAUUAGAUUCCGAUGAGAUACAUAGGUCGCUGUAGCGAUGAAUCAAUACCUGCCGUCAGAAAGACCAUGUUUAUCACAAUAGAAAUCCAUGCCUUGUUUUUAACCAGCUACGAAUGAGUUUCGAUAUAUCUCUGCAUAUUGUUGAUCGCGAUGACUAUGCUGUUUAUCACAUGACGUAUACUGUACUCUUGGUACACCUUCUUAAGCUCUAAAUCCAGAUGCUUUGAUUGCAGAGUUAGUUGCAGUAUUUAUCAAGAUUAUAUUUAUGCCGCGGCUGAUUGAAAUAAUAUAUUUUAUUUCAACGUGUUUCGGUAGUCAGAUGUUUGUAGUCUUACUGCGAUAAACACAGUGUUAGGAUACUGCAUGCCACACUGUUACGUCAACAUAUUCUGUUUAUCCUGUUGGUGACAUUUUUGUCUCGAUAAAAUUUAUAUAUCAGGCUUCAUCAAGAUAAAUUAGAUAAUGAAAAGAAAUAACUGAAACUGAACGGUAAAAGUCAUGCGAGAGCUACCAGUUUUUAUUUCUGAGUAGUAUCAUCCAGUUGUUUUAUGAGAAACUGGAUAUCAUGUAUCAAAGCUCAAUCAAACAUUUCGUUCCAAAUUUGUUAUUAAACGUACAAUAUACGCCGAAAUAAUAUUAGCAUUGUAAGAUUGAUGGAGUAAGGCACAGUUUUUAAAUUGUGAGUCAAGAAAUAUUUCAAAUUAAUUAAUAUCGGCACAACAACAGUUGUCUAUUUUAUUAAAUCAAACCAUUCAGGUAUCACAUACGAGGAUAUUUUAAUGGUCUGAUUUAAUAAAAUAGACAACUGUUGUUGUGCCGAUAUUAAUUAAUUUGAAAUAUUUCUUGACUCACAAUUUAAAAACUGUGCCUUACUCCAUCAAUCUUACAAUGCUA